AUUUGUUAUCACGUGAUAAUUUGUUAUCAAAAACAAGUUGUGCUCACAAAAAAUACAAUGUCUCGAUUAUACAUUUGACAGUGACAGUCAAUAAAAAAAAUGUCACUUUUAUUGAAGUGAUUUUAGAUUAUUAUUAUUUUUUUUAAAUAGCACGGAAUAGAAUAUCUAAUUGUCAAUAAGAUCUUUGUGAUCGAUAUAAGUGAUAAUUAAAAAUGGAUACAGUGGAACAGGAAACAAAUGACGAUUAUUAUUUACAAUUAUCAUCGGAUCCAAUAAAAUUUGAAUCAGUGAGUUGUCUUACAAAUGUAUUUUUUGAUGAUUCAAAGCAACAAGUUUUUGCAAUAAGAUCUGGUGGCGUCACAGGAGUACUUAUCAAAGGACCCGAUCAAAAUAUAAGCUUUCGCAUGGAUGAUAAAGGUCCAAUAAUUUCAAUUAAAUUUUCACCUGACAUGAAUAUUUUGGCAAUACAACGAAGUACAUCUUCCGUUGAAUUUGUUAAUUAUUCAUCUGCAGCAGUAUUGGAUGGCGUUGAAUAUUCACAAUCGUGCAAAAAAAAUGCCUCUAUUUUAGGUUUUGUUUGGACAUAUGGAAAUGAAAUUUUAUUUGUUACGGAUCAUGGAGUUGAAUUAUUUCUCGUUAUACCAGAAAAACGGUGUAUAAAAACUCUUAAAUCAUUGAGUUUAUCUGUCCACUGGUUCGUAUUCUGUCCGCGAAGUUAUCUAGUUUUAUUAUCUUCGGGAAGCUCGGGCAAUCAAAUGCAAGCCUUGCAUAUAACACAAGGAAAUCUACAAAAAAUAACAAAAUUUGAAAUGGAAUCUGGCACAACAAAACCAGGAAAACUUGCAGUUUCUGAAAGAGAUGUAGCAUUAGCUGUUUUAUAUGGAACACCUUGUAUAAUUGUUUUGCGACAUCAACCGGGAAUAAAUCGUUCUGUUGGUUCAGCGUUUGUUUAUGUUUAUACUGUUCAUAAAAUGGUGACGAUUAAAAAAACUCAUAUAUUGAGGCUUGAUAUGAGUGGAAGAUUUGCUAUUAAUGUUGUAGAUAAUUUAAUUAUUGUUCAUCAUCAAGCGUCAAAAACGUCGAUGGUUUUCGAUAUUAUGCUUACUUCUGUUGGAGUAAGCGAUGGAGCUGUGAUUCAUCAUACCGCUGUGGCAAUUCCCAAGCCAAUAAAGCCUUAUAAUUUAAAAGUGCCUGGUGCAACGUUAUCCGAACAGGUUAUGCAACCAUGUCAACUAUAUUCUCCAAAUUGGGUUGUAUUUCAACCAAAUAUUGUAAUUGAUGUAAAACUAGGUUGUUUAUGGUACAUUGAAUUAAGACUGGAAGCAUUCAUUAAACUGAUAUCUGAUAAAGUACUUCUUAUAGAUUUUCUACUACAACGAAAAGAUGCGAAACAAUUAUUAAUUCAAGUUUUACAAAGUCUUAUGACCCAAAUGCCAAAUACAUUAAUUGACAUGCCAAUUAUUUUCGAUAAACUUAAUACCGUCUAUAGGAGUCAUCUUGAAAAUGAAUUACAGUGUCAGAUGGGAACACCUUUACAGAGCAGUACAAAAAAUCAAAAUGACGAAUCGGAAAAUUUGAAAUAUAAAUUAUUACUUGAUCAAAGUGAUAUGUACAGUCAUAUUCUUUCCAAAUUUCCUGAAAAUACAAUAGAGCCAAAAAUGAUAAUUUGGGUACUUCUUGAAUAUAUAAGAUCUCUGACAGAGCAUGGCAUUCCUGUACAACACUAUUUACAUGAACUAGUUAUAACAACUUUAGUUCAGCGAAAAGCUUAUUAUCAACUUCAUCAGUUGUUACAAUACCACGUUGUUACUGAUUCAAAGCCACUAGCUUGUUUAUUACUUUCCCUUGAGAAUUUAUAUCCAGCGGCGCAUCAACUUGCAUUAGAUAUGCUCAAACGCCUAGGAAAUGCACAUGAGGAAAUAAUUGAAGUCCUAUUAUCAAAAGGACAUAUUUUACCCGCCUUGAGAUACGUUAGAUCAGUGGGAAUAAUUGAUCAGGUGUCGGCGAGAAAAUUUCUCGAAGUUGCAAAAGCAAAAAAUGACAAUCUACUUUUUCAUUCGGUUUUUGAAUUUUUUGAGCAACGCAAUAUGAAAUUACACAAUACGACAGCGUUUCAAAAAGGUGAACAUUGUCAGACGUAUGUGCAACAUUAUAAACAAUUAUUUCAUGAAGGAGAAAAUAGUUCCAUCUCUGAUACUAAUUCCAAUGUUUCAUCUGCAUCGUAAGACUGAAAAGGCUAUAUUAUAUAAUUUUUAAACUGAAAAAGUAUGUAACAAUAAUUGACUAAAAGAGAAUGAACAAUAUUGUACAGUUAUAUAAAUAAUACGUAAACGAAUUAUUAGUAUAAGUAUUUAAAUAAACUGAGAUCAGUAUAUUUAAAAAAAAAAGAAAAUAAAAUUGAUUAUUUAUUUAAAACAUCA